AUGGACGCAGUUGUGUCAGCGCUCUCGUAUGAAAUGCAUGAGAUCGGGGAACGUUAUUAUAAGAUUAACCGAUUGAAGCAUCUACUGGCACAAAUCCAAAAUGAUUGGAAUUCAUUGAAGGAUAAAUUAGAAAUUGAUAUUAUAAAAAAAUAUGCUAAUUACGUAAGAAUUUUCACAAUAAGUAUGAUGGCGUCUUGUUAUAUUUGUAUGUUCCUUUUUGGAAUACUUCAAAAUCUACCAAUGAUCCUUGAUAUUAUGUUACCAUUGAACGAAUCACGGCCCUAUCAGCUUCUCUUAAUCACGGAAUAUUUUGUCAAUCGGGAUAAAUACAUUUACGUUAUAAUGUUACAUGAGUUUUUAGUCGGUUAUAUAGGAUUAACCACAAUAUGGGGUACCCUUGCGACAAUUACAAUAUAUGUAGCGCAUAUAUGUGCAUUACUUAAAAUCGCAAGGUAA